AUGUAUUUACUAAUACUAUUCGUCAUUUGUAAUGCAUUUCAUCAUAAAGGAAGUUUGCAAACAAAUACUACUUUAAACUUAGCGUUAAAUUUUACUGAUUAAGCUCCUAGUAUUAUAAUUAAGUUUUUUUUGCCAAUAGCUAGAUAAAAUUAAUAAAUUGUUGGUUGCUUUGUAUCAUUCGAAAAUUUAACACUAUAUACCUUUGAAUUAGAUUAACUUUAGUUAAAAGUCAAUUCUAAUAUAGAUUACGAUGUUCACAGCAUAUAAUCAAAUAGUGACACAUAAUUAGUUCAAUAUCCUUACUAUUCGAUGAUUUAUUUACUUUGCUAAUCCGAUUAGAAUAUCAUUAUUGAUUAUGAAUUAACAUACCUAGAAGAUUAUUUGAAUCCAUUUUGCAUAAAUAAUUGUAAGGGUUAUAAUGAUACACGGAAUGGAAAUAGUUCCUAUUGUUUAAAUAAUUAUUGUGAAUGUUCACUAGAUAAAUUAGGAGAAUUUUGUUAACUUGAUUCAUCAUAUUUAAUAAAUAGUAAUUGGGUCCGAGUAAACUUAGAUUCAUAUCAAUGGAAAUAUUUCUAUUAUUAAAUAAGAAAUACUAAUAUUGAACUUCAGUCCAACCUUGAUUAGAGUGACCAAAAUAUAAGUAAAAAUAGUUUUAUUAAUAAAGUAUAUAGUUUAACUUUAAGACAACAUCCGUGGAUCUCGAUUCCGAAUAGAAAAUUUAGUUACUUUUUAACUAAUUGUUCAUCAUUAUCUGAUACCCUAUAAGAUUUAAUUAGUGAAGAAACUACCGAAACUAUAUUAUAUAUAGGAUUAUACAAUAACAAUAGCAUUCAAGUUAAAUUUAAUUUAAGUGUUGUAACAACUUCGUCAGAUGAUGAUGAUGAAGUUUAAAGAAAUAAAUUGAUCCUUAUUAUAGUGGGAUCGGUUGUUGGAGUCCUUUUAUUAUUGUCUUUUUUUUUAAGUAUUUUCAAUAACUAAAGAAUGAAUUAAAAUGCAUAACAUGAAGAAAAUAUUGAAUAGAAUUUAGAGAUAUAAUAAAUUGCAUUUAAAUCUCCUUCAGGUAUUAGAUAAUUCUAUUAAGGUUUUACUAAGCAGUUUAUUAAGGAUUAUUUUGAUCCCAUUAAUGUUUAAGAGGUAAUGAAAUCUUAUCCUGGGCUUUCAUAAUUUGAAGAUUGUGUGAUUUGUCUAGAAACUUUAAAAAAUGGCAUUAGCUUAGAAAUGAAGCUUUGUUCGGUUACUCCAUGUUUUCAUAUAUUUCAUUUUUAAUGUCUAAGUUCUUGGUUGCAGAAGUAGCGAAAUUGUCCGUUCUGUCGAAAUGAAUUUAAUAGAAUCUAAAUUUAAAAUAUAUAUCCAUGGGUAGAAUUGAAUAAAGAAAAAAGAAAAAGUGAGUCAGAGUAAGAAUCUUAAUAUCUACAACGAUUGAAGCAUAAUUAAAACACAGAUUUAUCACAAGACAUUCAAUUGAAUGACAGCUAGCAAGAUUUUGUGCAUGGAAAAAAUAGACCAACAGUUGAAGGUUGA